GAGGGUCAAUGUUAGUGCCUAGUUCAGUGCCACUCAAGCAAGGCUACGGUUACUAGACCACCGCGAUCCCGAAGAAAUAACACGCGCGCGAUCCCCCCAACAAACCCCCCCUUUCCUUCGAUAUUUUUGUAAACGCACAAAAGCAAUUUGCAACUGAUAAGUACUUUCACAAAAAACUACUCAGCAAAAAAAAUCUGUUGAUUUUUUGCACAGACGUUAUUUGCACUUAUUAACAAACUCUGUUGUGUUUUUUAUAGCUAUAUUAUGUGUUAAGACUCUAUAAACAUGGAAACCUGUGUCUUGAUCCCGCAGGAGUUCAGUUUGUGUGUCAGGAGUCCCGGACUGGGUAGCAGGAGGGAACCUGAAGUUUCGGUAUGGUCCAACACCACGAUUGCGCAGGGGUCCUUGUGUUACCCCUUUCAAGGAACCAUCCGAAUUGACAAGCUUGACGUUUACGGGCAGUUGGACGACGAUGAUAUUCGUCACAGGUUUGGCUGCUACGAUGAGAUUUCAAUCACAGGUUCAAGAAAAGUUCGACAUUGCAAUUGGGUGCGAUUCGUGAGAGUGUCUAAUGCUUUCAAUCCCUCUGUGAAUUUUGUGGCGACGAAAGUCAGAGGAGAACCUGUAUAUGAAGCUGUGAAACCUAUAACCCCCGACACCGAAUUACUUGUAUAUUACUUACCUGAACGACCUGAAGAGCUGUUUUUUGUGAGGAUGAGAGCUUCAUUGUACAGACAAACCAUGGACUCGAUAUUAGAAGACUCACCUCUCGAUCUAUCUAUGUCUCUCCUAUCAAGGGCUCUAACAGGGUCCCCUCCUUCGGCUGAAGACGAACGAAAAUCUGUUUCCGGAGACAGUUCAGCAGCUAGUUCGCAAGGAGAUUUACCUGAAACGACAGUACCCACCCCUAGAGCAAGGCCACGGGAGAGGACGUUACUACCAUGUGGAGUCUGCAGUAAAGCCUUUGACAGACCUUCUUUACUCAAAAGGCACAUGAGGACACAUACGGGAGAAAAACCUCACGUAUGUAUGGUGUGCGGCAAAGGAUUCAGUACAUCAUCGUCCUUGAACACACACCGGAGGAUCCACAGCGGAGAAAAACCACACCAAUGUCCUGUUUGCCUGAAACGGUUCACGGCUUCUUCUAACCUCUACUAUCAUCGCAUGACGCACAUCAAGGAUAAACCACACAAGUGUAAUCUGUGCAGCAAGUCUUUUCCUACGCCCGGCGACUUACGAUCUCAUAUGUACGUCCAUUCCGGCUCAUGGCCGUUCAAGUGCCACAUCUGCUCGAGAGGAUUCUCCAAACACACCAACCUGAAAAAUCACCUGUUCCUUCACACCGGAAAGCCGAACGGGACGCGCAAGGGCUGAAAAAUUCUCACAAAAUUUUCGCAAAUUGUUGUAAGUGAUUUUAGUUAAGAUUAAUUUAUAUUAUUGUUAUCGAAAUUUUUUCUAUUUAUGAAGAUGAAUAUAUUUUUUGUAAGUCGUACUAUGUCAUAUGUAAAAAUUGUAUAUAAAUAAAAACCUGUAAUAUAUUGCUUCGUACUCAA